GUUUUUGCCUGAUGUGACGGAAAAGUGUCUGUGAUCUAGAUCCAUGUGCUGAGACGUACCAGGCAGUCUUUAAGUACCUAGAGGUCGUGCAAGUGGAGCUGUCUUUUAUGUAGUUUUCGUCUUUUGUGCGUUUUACUUGAUUUGUGUUUUUAAACUGUAGCACAGAGCAACGUGAUUUCUGUGAGAUAAGACUGAGAGCCUACAGUUCUCCCUGGAUUUUACAGACAAACGGAGAGAUGUCAACUAACCUAAGUGCACCGGAUGGAAAUGAAAACACUAGCCGAAUUAUUAGGAUCGGAACCAGAAAGAGCCAGCUGGCCCGUAUACAGACGGACAGCGUGGCCGAGAAACUUAAGCAGCUGUAUCCAGAAGUCAACUUUGAAAUAGUUGCUAUGUCUACCGUAGGAGACAAGAUACUGGACAAAGCCCUGUCUAAGAUUGGGGAGAAGAGCCUUUUCACAAAGGAGCUGGAGAACGCUCUGGAAAGGAAGGAGGUGGACCUGGUGGUGCACUCUCUGAAAGAUCUGCCCACCUCUUUACCACCAGGCUUCACCAUCGCAGCUGUGCUCAAGCGCGAGACUCCUUAUGAUGCUGUGGUUCUCCAUCCAAAGAACGCAGGCCUGACCCUGGAUACCCUGCCGGUGGGAAGUAUGAUCGGCACCAGCUCCCUACGCCGGGCAGCCCAGCUGAAAAGGAGGUUCUCUCACCUGGAGUUCAAGAACGUUAGGGGGAACCUCAACACGCGUCUUAAAAAGCUGGACGAGAGUGACGAGUACUCCGCCAUCAUCCUGGCAGCGGCAGGCCUUCUCCGCAUGGGCUGGGAGAAUCGGAUCAGCCAGAUCCUGGAUCCUGAAGAUUGCAUGUAUGCUGUGGGCCAGGGAGCUUUGGCGGUGGAAGCCAGGGCUGGGGACGAUGACAUCAUGGAGAUGCUGUCCGUGCUGAAUGAUGCGGAGACAGUGCUGUGCUGCAUCGCCGAGAGGGCCUUCCUCAGGCACCUGGAGGGCGGCUGCAGCGUGCCGGUGGCGGUGCACUCCGAAGCAAGGGGCCCUCAGCUCUCCUUAAAAGGAGCCGUCUAUAGCCUUGAUGGGUCCGACUGCGUGAAGGAGACCAUGCAGACCAGCAUUGACACAUCAAAGGGGGAAGACGAGGAGGCGCACAGGAAUGCAUCACACGUCGGGGUCAUGGCCCCCGGCCUGCCGAUGGCAUCUCGCGAUGCGGCCGAGCGCCUUGGGGUGGACCUGGCCUCGCUUCUCCUCCAAAGGGGAGCCAAGGAUGUUCUCACCCUGGCCAGGAGGCUCAAUGACGCACGGUAACCCAAGCGGGAUGCAAAGUGGGACCGUCUGGCCGAGAGAAAUCCCCGCACCAACGUCCAGAUGCUGACCAGUCUCUACGGCCUGCCCGUCUCCCACAGACCUCCCCACCGCCCCCCCCCCCCGCUGGGGUUGCCAAAGAUUUAAAACCCAAGGAACUGGAAGGUUCUGAACCAGGGCAGCAGCCAUUUGGCUCAGCCCCGCGAAAGCUGCAUGCGGAAAGGUUUAUUAUCUGAAAUCACCACUGCUCACAAGCUAAAGACCACAAAAAUGUUAAGAUGUAGCUAUAUAUAUAUAUACACGCACACAUAUACAUAGAUACUAUAUCUAUAUAUAAUAUUACCCACACAGAUACAUUAUCUUAUGGAUUUUGAGGCAUGUAGAGAGGUUUUGCUGCCUUUGUCGGUAUUCUGUUACAUAUUGUCAGUAUUUAGUGUAUGAAAGCACCAGCAGAGAGAGACUGUUUACAGCAGUGGAGCUGUUACCACUUUUUACAUAAGUGCCUCUUUUGGAUUGGCUUGGAGUGAGAGUGAUAAACAAGCCUGUAUUUGGGGCACGAGGAUGAAUCAACUUACAACUCAAGGACACUUUUUAUGAAAUAAACAUUUACAAAGCAGAUAAAGUCAGGGGUGUCACACUCCAGUCCUGGGGGGGGGAGGAGCCCUGUGUAGCUUAGUUCUUUCCCUCUUCCACCACAAAUGAUUCGGCUAAAGAGCCACAUAGUAUUUAGCACAAGGAGUUGAAUCAGGUGCAUUAAAUGAGGGGAAUCCCACAAACGUGCAGGACUCUGACCCCCCCCAGGACUGGAAUUGGAAGUGGUUCCCAACAUAAUGCCUAUUGAGCUUAGUCAGUGCAGAGAAGGAUGGCUGGAUCGAUCGUUCAAUUCCUUUCAGGGGGAUAGGAAAUCAAUUUCAGUUUUUUGCCUUGGUAUUACUAGUUUUUUUUUUCCCCAUCCCAAUACCUUAUGGGGAGAAAAUGUCAAAGUGCCUUUCCACAACCAGCAUGGAGAAUGGAUUUUAAACCAGCACCUACCACAGCCACCCACCUGCCUUAACCAAAAAUGUAGUAAAUUAUGUUAAAGACAAAAACUGAGCCACUUUGUUGGUAAAGGCUGUUUGUUUCAUGUAUGUAUAUAUAAGAGCCUUCCAACCAUGCACUGUUUUUGUUUGGUUCCAUUACUGGCUCAGUUGAUUUAAGACACAAAAGGCUUUAUGAACAAUUGUUUGAAAUAAGUGUGCAGGUGGUGGAACAGUGCAAAAGUGCUGAAUGGCUGGAAGAGCGAACUGGUAACAGGUGUUAAGUGCAUUUGUAUACAGCCCAGAAUCUUAACUGCAAUAAAUUUCUCACGUA